AUGCACGCCGUGAGUUCGCAGCACCACCCAGCGCACCUGUCCUCGGGCAACCAGCCGAUCGGGGAGGGACAGAGUGCUGAUAUCUACUACCUGUGCUUAUCGACAGUACGACUCUGAUGACGAGGACCUAGCCAUCUACUCGCCCGGAAGGACCCCGGACCCGAACGCACAGCCGUACGGUCACCGAGGCACCUCCACUGCCGCGCAGCAGCACUUUGCCUCCAACGCCGACCCCUUCGCGAACCAGAACGGCGUUUACGAUGAUACCUAUGGAGGGCAGAGUCAGAACCCGGCUGCCUACGGAGGGGGAGAAGCCGCGAGUCGGUUCGGCCCGGCCGUCGAUGCGAGUCAUCCUUCUGACCGAGUCGCUCCUGCGCCCGCGGCGGGGAGAUACGACAGCGAGAUGUAUGAUCCAUUCUUGUGAGUAUCCCGAGAACAGCUGUUGAGAUUGAGAGACUCGUCGGCUUGAUGCCGACGUAUCUGUGCUUUCGCUCACGCGCCUCCUUUUGAUGCGCAGUGACGACGGUGACCCAGCCGCUGGCUCGCAACUUUCCCUGCCUUACGAGCGGCCCCAGUUCGCCCGCGAUGCCUCCAACUACUCGGGCCGGGCACCCCUCACCCAGAACGCUCAACUCCCCGCCGGCCACGGCCAAGGGCAGAUCGGCGAAUCGGCGUCGCGAUCGGUGCAGAAUGUGCUCGACCAGGAUGACCCUGAGCUCGUGAUGGCGCAGGCGCGUAUCGCUGCUGCUCAAGCUCGGAAACGACCGGGGCAAGGUAAAGGUAUCGUCCAAGAGUGGAUCAGUGAAGCCAAGAGGAUCAUCAAGGGAUCGCCCAAGACCUACACGGGCGAGCGGCUGAUUCACAUCGGUAACCCGGCGAUGAAUGCGCCGAGCAAGUUCUCCAACAACUCGGUCAGCACGAGCAAAUACAACCUCAUCACGUUCCUCCCCAAAUUUUUCUUUGGUCAGUCCCUUUGGGAGCACUGGCUUGCUUUCUAUGCUCCGAGAAGGGUGAUGAUGGGCUGAAACGUUGGCUCAACCCGGAACGCACGCAGAGCAAUUCUCCAAAUACGCCAACGUCUUCUUCUUGUUCACGGCGUGCAUCCAACAAAUCCCCAAUGUGUCACCGACAAAUAGGUGGACGACGAUCGCACCUCUCAGUCUCGUCUUGCUCGUCGCUGCGCUUAAAGAGAUGCAGGAGGACAUUGUGAGACAUGCAACUUGUGACUCGACGGGGUCUACCAGUGCUGAGCACUUCUCACACCCCUCCCUCAUUAGAAACGACACCAAUCGGACGCCGAUCUUAACUCACGAAAGGCUAAAGUGCUCAACGGCGCCCAUUUCGAAGACCGGGCGUGGCGCAACAUCAAAGUCGGUGACAUUGUGCGAUUGGAGUCGAACGACUUUUUCCCCGCCGAUCUCGUCUUGUUGAGUUCGAGUGAACCCGAGGGACUGUGUUAUAUUGAGACGAGCAAUUUGGAUGGGUGAGCAACCGGACCCCUACACCGGACGAAGCGUGUUAUGCGUGCGACUGCUCACCCCUCUUUGAUCUGUACAGCGAAACAAAUCUCAAGAUCAAGCAAGCCUCGCCGGUCACAGCAACUUUGACAUCCCCACCUGCUGUGGCUCAGCUCAUUGGCCAACUGCGGUCCGAGCAACCCAACAACUCGCUGUAUACUUUCGAAGCGACGCUCUCGAUGAACAACCUCGGAAACCAAAACGAUGUUCCUCUGGGACCUGAUCAAAUCCUGCUUCGUGGUGCUCAGCUGCGCAACACAGCUUGGAUGUACGGUCUCGUCGUCUUUACCGGUCACGAAACGAAGUUGAUGCGCAACGCCACGGCGGCGCCGAUCAAACGAACGGCGAUGGAGAGGAUGGUCAACGUGCAGAUCUUGUUCCUCCUCGCCAUCUUGAUGACGUUAUCGAUUGCCUGCGCGAUUGGAAGUACACUGCGGAACCAUAUCUCGGCUGACCAGAUGUGGUAUCUGAUGUUGGGAGAACGACCGAUCUCGGCUAGGGCGUUCAUCGAGGACGUCUUAACUUUCGUUUUGACGCUCAACAACUUGAUCCCCAUCUCGCUUAUCGUCACAAUGGAGGUCGUCAAGUUCCAGCAGGCCGCUCUCAUCAAUUCGGAUUUGGGUGAGUCUUCUCGAGUGCGAGGUGAGGAAUUUCACCGACUAAUCAUUCUCGAUCCUCAUGACCACUCUAGACAUGUACCACCCUGUUACGGAUACCCCUGCGUUGUGUCGCACCUCUUCCCUCGUCGAAGAGCUUGGGCAGAUCGAGUACAUCUUCUCGGACAAGACGGGGACUUUAACGUGUAACGAGAUGGAGUUCCGUCAAUGCUCGAUCGGUGGGAUCCCUUACGCCGACGUCGUCGACGAAUCAAAAAAGGGCGAGGUCUUUUCUUUUGCCGAGAUGCGGGACAACCUCACGCAAGGGCACGAGACCGCGGCCGUCAUCGAAGAGUUCUUGACUCUGCUCGCGACGUGCCACACCGUUAUCCCGGAGGUCGGUAAGGAGGGCAAGAUGACGUACCAAGCCUCAAGUCCCGAUGAAGCGGCUUUAGUCGCUGGUGCGGAUGUGUUGGGCUAUCGAUUCACCGUAUGUGCUCGUAACCGUGUUUUCGCAAUGUAGCCGGUGACUAACUUUACGGGAUACGCAGACUCGCAAACCUCAAUCGAUCUACAUCGAAGCCUUGGGCGAGAAGCGCGAGUACCAAGUGCUCAACAUCCUCGAAUUCAACUCGACCCGCAAGCGUAUGUCGUCGAUCGUUCGAGGUCCGGACGGCAAAAUUAAACUCUUCUGCAAAGGUGCCGACACAGUCAUCUUUGAACGCUUGUCGGGAUCGGGCCAAGUCUUCACCGAUUCAACGAUGACCCAACUGGAGGAGUAUGCGACUGAGGGUUUAAGGACGCUAUGCUUUGCCAUGCGCGAAAUUCCCGAGGACGAGUACAAAAAGUGGUCCGUUAUCCACGAUAAGGCUGCGGCGACCAUCAAUGGUCGUGGGGAAGCGCUGGAGAAGGCGGCCGAGAUCAUCGAGAAGGAUCUGUUCCUUCUGGGCGCGACGGCCAUCGAGGAUAAGCUGCAAGAGGGUGUGCCAGAUACGAUCUACACCUUGCAACAAGCCGGGAUCAAGAUUUGGGUCUUGACAGGUGAUCGACAGGAGACAGCGAUUAACAUCGGUUUGUCGUGUCGCUUGAUCUCGGAAUCGAUGAGUUUGGUCAUCGUCAACGAGACGAAUGCGCAUGAUACCAAGGACUUUUUGACGAAGCGAUUGGAGGCGGUCAAGAACUCGAGGAAUGCGGGCGACUUUGAAGAGUUGGCGUUAGUCAUUGAUGGCAAGAGUCUGGGCUUUGCACUGGAGAAGGACAUGAACAAGACUUUCCUCGAACUUGCGGUCAUGUGCAAGGCUGUCGUUUGCUGUAAGUCGACGUGAUCAUUUUGUGUCGUUUUCCAACCCGCUGACAAGCACAUUCUCUCGAACCGCAGGCCGUGUCUCGCCGCUCCAAAAGGCGCUCGUCGUCAAGCUCGUCAAGAAGAAUCUCAAGGCCAUCUUGCUCGCCAUUGGCGAUGGAGCGAACGACGUCUCGAUGAUCCAAGCCGCCCACGUCGGCGUCGGUAUCUCGGGCGUCGAAGGCUUGCAAGCGGCUCGCUCGGCCGAUGUGGCGAUCUCGCAGUUCCGCUUCUUGAAGAAACUGCUGCUCGUUCACGGCACUUGGUCAUACCAGCGGUUGAGCAAGUUGAUUUUGUAUUCAUUCUACAAGAACAUCGCGCUUUACAUGACUGGCUUCUGGGUAAGCGAGAGCCGUGCAUCUGAACAUUGAAGCAAGUCGUGUUGCUCGAAUGCUGAUCCAAAUCAACCCGCCUGUUUUUCCAGUUCGCGUUCCAAAACUCGUUCUCCGGCCAAGUCAUCGUCGAAUCGUGGACAUUGACCUUUUACAACGUGCUCUUUACCGUCUUACCGCCCGUUGUGCUCGGUGUCUUUGACCAAUUCGUCGGUGCUCGAAUGCUCGAUCGUUACCCAGAGUUGUACAAGCUGGGACAACAGAACAAAUUCGUGAGCCUCACGCCUAUCAUGAUGAUCCCUGUCACUUGGCAAGCUGACUCUAGACCGCACGUGGCGCCCAACAGUUCUCGGUGCGGAUCUUUUGGCAAUGGAUCGCCAGUGCGUUGGCUCACUCGUUCAUCAUCUACGCCGUCACCGUAGCCAUCUUCUGGGGCGACUUGAUUCUACCGCAAGGAUGGGUCGGCGGUGAAUGGAUGUGGGGCACAACCCUUUACCUCGCCGCUCUUCUCGCUGUCCUCGCCAAGGCCGCUUUGAUCUCGGACAUUUGGACCAAGUACACCGUGUUGGCUAUCCCGGGAUCGUUCGUCUUCACCAUGAUCUUCCUCCCCAUCUAUGCCCUCAUUGCACCGUUACUAGGGUUCUCACUCGAGUACACCGGUAUCGUACCGAGGCUGUGGGCAUCCCUCGUGUUCUGGAUGACCAUCUUGGGCUUGCCGGUGCUAUUGCUCACCCGAGACUUUGCCUGGAAAUCGUCAGUCGAAGCUCGCUUAAUCCGUUGCGGUGGCCCCUUACUGAUCAAAGAGAUUCGAUUUGGCAGGUACAAACGGCUGUUCCAACCCGAGCCGUAUCACAUCGUCCAAGAGAUCCAAAAAUACAACCUACCAGGUAAGCAUGGCUGGUGGAUCGGAGGGUAUAGCCUGAUAUUGAUGCGGACAAGCUUGCUUGGCCAACCAGAUUAUCGACCACGAAUGGAGCAGUUUCAGAAGGCCAUCAAGAAGGUGCGCGCCGUCCAGCGUUUGCGACGGAAUCGUGGCUUUGCUUUCUCACAGUGAGUCUCCAUCGGCGCCAGUGCUGGCAAAUAAUCCUUCGAAUUGACAUUGAACUUGCUGUGCCUCUCGUAGGACCGAGGAUGGACAAGAAGCCGUCAUCCGAGCUUACGACACGACCAAGGCCAAAUUGGCUGGUUGA